CCACAGAACCACAAGUUGGGUAGGCUGGCAGUGUCAGAAGUCUGAGCCCGGCAUAGUGGUCAGCAGGCAGGACGAAUCACACUGAAUGCAAACCACAGGGUUUCGCAGAGUGGUAAAUCAUUGAAUCCCCCGCCUUCAGAAGAGGGUACAUUUUCAGAAGGAAGCGAUGGCUUCAGACAGCAUAUUUGAGUCAUUUCCUUCGUACCCACAGUGCUUCAUGAGAGAUGCCAGCACGAGCCGCCGCUUCACGCCGCCUUCCACCGCGCUGAGCCCGGGCAAGAUGAGCGAGGCGCUGCCGCUGGGCGCCCCCGACGCCGGCGCCGCCCUGGCCGGCAAGCUGAGGAGCGGCGACCGCAGCAUGGUGGAGGUGCUAGCCGACCACCCGGGCGAGCUGGUGCGCACCGACAGCCCCAACUUCCUCUGUUCUGUGCUGCCCACGCACUGGCGCUGCAACAAGACCCUGCCCAUCGCUUUCAAGGUGGUAGCUCUAGGGGAUGUUCCAGAUGGCACCCUGGUCACGGUAAUGGCUGGCAAUGAUGAAAACUACUCGGCUGAGCUUAGAAAUGCCACCGCGGCCAUGAAGAACCAAGUGGCAAGAUUCAAUGACCUCAGGUUUGUCGGUCGGAGUGGAAGAGGGAAGAGCUUCACUCUGACCAUCACCGUGUUCACAAACCCACCGCAAGUAGCCACCUACCACAGAGCCAUCAAAAUCACAGUGGACGGACCCCGAGAACCCCGAAGACAUCGUCAGAAACUAGAUGAUCAGACCAAGCCUGGGAGCUUGUCCUUUUCCGAGCGGCUCAGUGAACUGGAGCAGCUGCGGCGCACGGCCAUGAGGGUCAGCCCGCACCACCCAGCCCCCACGCCCAACCCUCGGGCCUCCUUGAACCACUCCACUGCCUUUAACCCUCAGCCUCAGAGCCAGAUGCAGGAUACAAGGCAGAUCCAGCCGUCCCCACCAUGGUCCUACGAUCAGUCCUACCAAUACCUGGGGUCGAUUGCCUCUCCUUCUGUACACCCAGCAACGCCUAUAUCACCUGGACGUGCCAGUGGCAUGACAAGCCUCUCUGCAGAACUUUCCAGUCGACUCUCAACGGCGCCCGACUUGACGGCUUUCGGUGACCCACGCCAGUUCCCCGCGCUUCCCUCCAUCUCAGACCCUCGCAUGCACUACCCAGGCGCCUUCACCUACUCCCCGACGCCUGUCACGUCGGGCAUCGGCAUUGGCAUGUCGGCCAUGGGCUCGGCCACCCGCUACCACACGUACCUGCCGCCGCCCUACCCGGGCUCGUCGCAGGCGCAAGGCGGCCCGUUCCAGGCCAGCUCGCCGUCCUACCACCUGUACUACGGCACCUCGGCCGGCUCCUACCAGUUCUCCAUGGUGGGCGGCGAGCGCUCGCCACCGCGCAUCCUGCCGCCCUGCACCAACGCCUCCACGGGCUCCGCGCUGCUCAACCCCAGCCUCCCGAACCAGAGCGACGUGGUGGAGGCUGAGGGCAGCCACAGCAACUCGCCCACCAACAUGGCCCCGGCCGCGCGCCUGGAGGAGGCAGUGUGGCGGCCCUACUGAGGGUGACGGGCCUGCGCAGCCUCCAAGCCACGCGUCUGCUCGCUGCCACGUGGGCACGUGGCGAGGCCAACAGGAAGUUCCCGGAGGGAAACUGUGAAUGCUUCUGAUUUAGCAAUGCUGUGAAUAAAAGAAAGAUUUUAUACCCUUGACUUAACUUUUUAACCAAGUUGUUUAUUCCAAAGAGUGUGGAAUUUUGGUUCCUGGGGGGCAGGGAGGACGCAAUUCACCCUGUUUGGCCUCUCAAUUCUUAUUUCUAAUUUUUCUUUUCCGCACCUUAUAAAUUGCAAAAUGCAAAUUUGCAUUUGGGUGGUUUUUAUUUUUUACAAACAUUUAUAUAUAAAUUUGAGCUUGCUUCUUUCUUGCUUUGACAAUGGAAAGAAAUAUGAUUCCCAUUUCUGUUAAGUUUUAUUUAACUUUUCUUUUGGACUUUUGGGUAGAUUUUUUUUUUUGUUUUGUUUUGAGAGACAGCUACAGCUUUGGGUCAUUUUUUAACUACUGUAUUCCCAAAAGGAAUCCCUAGAUAUUUAUGUAUCUUGAUGUUCAGACAUUGACUUAUGUGUUGAUACUUUUUUAAAAACUAUUUAAGUGUACUUAUAUUAAAAAGAAAGAUAUCAAGUACUACGUUUUUUUUAUAGUAGCCAAAGUUAAAUGUAUUACAUUGAAGAAGGCUGGAAAAAAAGGAUGGGUAAUGUGAUUGCUUGGUUAUUUAGAAAUAUUGUUUACAUUAAACUCCCUUUCAUGUUAAUCAAACAAGUUGGUAGCUAAUGCAGCAAUGUUUCAAAUAGGAUUUUAGACACUGAGGGUCACUCCAAAGAUCAGAAGUAUGGGAUUUUUCUUCUAGGCUCAAUACAGGGUCUCAUAUCUGGCCUCUUCAAACAGGUUAAAUCUGGCCCCAUAGGUGCUAAUGAUUCCACCUAUGAAGAGGAUUUUUUUUUUUCUGCCUAGGGGUAUACUCACUCCAUGGCCUUCUGAGAAUUUCAGUCAUGUUUUGUAACAACACAUCCAAACUAAGCUGUGUGAAGGAGCAGUAUUUACUUGGGAAACACAUAAAUGAUUGAAUUUAUCAUUUCUUUAACUGCUCAAUUCUGGGAUAGCAAGAAAAUAUUUCUCUUUGAUAUAGCACCCAUUCAUUGAAGCAGAAUAGGACUGUGGCUAUCCCCCAAAGAUGGGAGCAGAAGAGAGAGGACUGGGUUCUAUUAGGACCACAGGUCUCCAGCUAAAUUUUCAGAGGGUGGGCCCAAAACCAGGCCUGAAGAAGUCAAUUUCCCUCUGCCUGCCUCAGUGGAAUCAUGUGGGAGAGCCUUAUACCACCUGUGCAGGACCCCCAUCUCUGGUUGCUCACUCACCAAGUUUUGUGCUGCUUCCACCAGGCUGAGACCCUGCCCUAUGGGGUGUGUGCACUUCUAUCUGUGCACCAGCAUGACAUGAAAGUUCAUGUCACUGCUGCCCAUGGCUACAAUUCAAAUGUAUGCAAUGUCACUGUAAAUUUUAUAGCACUAUUUUUAUUGGAGGACUUGGUCAGAAUGCAGUUGUUGUACAACUCAUAAAUACGAACUGCUGUUUUGACAUGUGUGCUCAAAAUGAUCUGGUUGUUAUUUAAUGUACCUCUUAAUUAGUUGAGAAACAAUUUCAGGUCAACUCUGAAGAGUGUUUGAAAGCAGGACUUCAGAACAGUGUUUGAUUUUUAUUUUAUAAAUUUAAGCAUUCAAAUUAGAUCUUUGGCUGCAGGCAGCAAAACAGCUGGACUUAUUUAAAACAACUUGUUGAGUUAUAUAUAUAUAUAUAUUGAUUAUUUGUUUUACACAGAUGCAGUAGCACUUUGGUAAGAGUUAAAGAGUAAAGCAGCUUGUGAUGUCAGGUUGUUCUUAUCUAGAAGAGCUAUAGCAGGUCUUGGAGAAACUCAGAAAUAUUCAUUUUCAUUUUAGAUAAUACUCCCGCCACAAUUAAGUUCCAGUAAAUUAUUCCAUAUCACACUUUUUUGCAGCUUAAUUAUCACCAAUGUUAGAAAAAUUGAAAAUUAAUUUCUGAAAAGGACCAUUAGCCUAUUUCCCCCAAGUAGAACUUAAAUGUUCUUUUUAGCCCAUGUUUCCAUACAUGACCUAAGAAAAUGUUGGGGAAAGAUGAAGGAAAAAAAUUAUAUUUUUCACUUUAAUUCUGGUACCUGAAGAUAUUCCAACUCAAAACCAGCCUAUUACCCUAAGAGGGGAAUCAGAUAAUCUCUCAUGGAACCUUUACUCUCAAAGCCAUGUAUGGAGAGGGUUUAUCACUUUGUUGUAGACUCAUUUAUUUGGCCAUUCAGAGCUUCACAGACCCUUACCAGCAUAUAUAGUAUUUAAUCAUUUCAGGAAAAAAAACACAUUAGUUCUUUUGGAGAUAGGUCUCAUCCAAACAAAUUUUUGCCCCUGAGGAAUUGUAUUCAUUACCUUCAGGUAAAUUAAGAUAUUAGCAAGACCCUUAAGCCAACCAUGUAAUUACUGUAAGUAUUUGGGAACAUUGGUCCAG